AUGACUUCAAGGACGAAGCUGAAGAGAAAAGAAGUCGAUGAUGUGCUAGGUGGAGAUGCUAUGUGGGCCCAUGCCGACCAAACCCAAGCUUCGUGCCCCAAAUGCAACCACGACAGCGCAUAUUUCUAUCAGCUUCAGAUCAGAUCUGCUGACGAACCUAUGACGACGUUACCUAGGAAUGGGUCUGUAUGCCUCAAAAGGGCCUUAAUUGCACCAAUAUCCACUCGGGCAGCGGCGCGUCCAUCCCAUCAGCGCACUAACCCUAUUACUUCUUCAACUCCUCAUAAUUCGAAUACUAAUAACUUAAUAUUGGGCAAUAAAAGCCUUCAUCGACCAUCUUCCUCAAUAUGCGCCGGCCCAUCUUAUCGACACGCCUCAACAUCCGCACAGACGCGUCCAGCUGCUGUUGCCGAUGACGCUUCUGCUUCGAUACCUGCGUUUACCAAGGAGGAGCAGGACGACAUUUUUUUCACUCAUGCAAACGAGUUUGCGGUGGAAUCUAUACGUCCAACGUACUCUGUCACACGGCAGAGCGCGGCGGAGGGUGAAUGGCUGCAGGAUAACGACGACGUGCCCGCAGUGCCCAAAAAGGGCGCGUACAAGCCCGAGGUACUUUUUGACUGGAGAAAGAGGGCGCCCUCGCGUCUGGCUGCCGAGAAAAAUAAAGUAUAUAAGAGACGUAAACGGGCCACGUUGGGUGACUUGCGCCCUGGGGAUCCGUACUACGACGAGACGCAGGAGUACUCGACCAAGUUUUUAAAGCUUCUGUCGUUGGAGGAGGCUGAAGACGAGGCAGAGCUUCGGCACCGGUUGUCGACAUGGAGUUUGGAGCGACUACAGAAAGAGGGCUACUGUAUUACUGGGCUCAAGGCAUACUGGCUCUCUCAAAACCAAUUCGGGCGCCCCGUCGCAUGCUUUAACUUCGGGCCAGGCCUCGAGCUCCCCGAAAACAAAUUCGAGAAUGGCACACAGGUGCUAAUGUCCCGCCUCGAUCCUCUGAAAGAGCAUCCUGUCAUUGGCUCAGUACUCUCGCGCGGCACGUCACACAUCCAUGUUUGCUUUCAGUCCCUUAUGGACCUCAACGAAGGAUUUUGGCGGCUCGACGUCGGCCGGCCCAAUAUAAUGUACGAGCGGAUGCGCGCUGCCAUCUCGCACAUGGACAACGACGUCACCGAAAUUGAGGGCAAGGAGCCAGAUGAGAAGACGCAGUACGUGCUCCAGGGAACGCACCUGCGGGACGUCCUUCUGCGCUCGUUGUCAGAGUCUUCUUCGUCUUCACCGGACGCAAAGGAUGAUAAUGGGGAAGACGGGGAAACUGUCUGCAAAGUCGAUUCGCGGACCUCAUUGGCUGACUUUAAGAAUGGGGGCGCGUUCAAAUACGAUCAACGGAUACAUAGUUGGGCAAGGAGGUAUUCACAACCGAAUCCCAUCGUCAUUGACGGCGACCCACCGCUACCGAAUGUAAAUGCGUCUCAAUUGAGAGCUAUGGCUGCCAUGAUUGGAGAUCGGGUUAGCUUGAUUCAAGGGCCACCAGGAACGGGAAAGACAAAAACUAUCAUUGAGACUGUCAAACUGCUCAAGGUCGAGUUCGAAGUCCCUCACCCUCUCCUCGUAUGCACAUACACAAACGUCGCAGUCGACAAUCUCGUUGACGGCUUGGCGCGCGCGGGCCUGAAGCCUCUGCGGGUAGGCUACAGCGGGAAUGUACGCGAAAGUUUGAUCGAGCACACGCUCGACGCCAAAUUAUCGGCGCACCCGCUGCACCCGAAGCUCACGCAACUCGUCGACGAAUCCGCACAGACCGCAAAGGAAAUCGAGGACUUGUGGCGCCGCAGUAGGACGCUGGAACUCAAGAUCAAGGAGACGGCCGCGCCGAGGAAAAAUGUGAUGACCCGCGCGAGUAAUAUGCGGAAAGCGCUCUUUGCGAUGCAGACGAAGCAGAUGAGGCGCAAGACGAAGAUUUACGCGAUGCAGCAACAGAUGUUGCAGGAUGUCGUGCGUGACGCGGAUGUCAUUUGUACGACGUGUAUCACAACAGCUUGCAAUGCACUCAAUGUUGUUGAUUUCCCGGUCGUAUUUCUCGACGAGGCGUCCAUGUCCACGGAGCCUGCGUCAUUGAUUCCCAUUAUGAAGGGGUCCCGUCACCUUGCGCUUAUCGGAGACCACAAGCAGCUUCCACCGGUUAUUAUCAGUCCACAGGCGAAAGAAGGCGGAUUAGGUGUCAGUCUCUUCGAGCGGUUGACAGAGGAAGGACAUGUCCCGACUGUCAUGCUUGACAUGCAAUACCGGAUGCAUCCUGCGAUCUCGCAUUUCCCGUCGAAGGAGUUCUACGAUCUCGCGUUACUGGACGGGACGGUUGAUGCUGGUGGAAACGCGCUCCCUGGUCUCGAGCCGCCGAGCUCGAUGCACCUCCUACCGGACAACAAGCGGACAUUCAAGCCGUCCGUUAUUUUCCUAGACCAUACAGGCAAUGAGUCGAUAAAGAGCAAGAGCCGGGUGAACAUCACUGAAGCGCACAUCGUCAUGAGCGUCGUCGAAGACCUGCUGCUGAGCAACCCGCACCUGCGCGGGGAGGACAUCGGGAUCAUCGCGCCGUACGCAGCGCAGAUCAAGCUGCUCACGCGCUUUUUGAACGUGGACGCGGAGUACAAGAAGCGCUUCGAGAGUGUGCUUGGCACGCAUCGCGCGAUGCAGCUCGGGCAGAUCGAGAUCAAGACGGUGGAUGGGUUUGAAGGGAGGGAGAAGGAGGUGAUUGUGUUUUCGACGGUGCGCAAUAAUUCGGCGGGGCAUAUUGGGUUUUUGGCGGAUAGGAAGAGGUUGAAUGUGGGAUUGACGAGGGCGAAGAGGGGGUUGUUUGUUGUGGGCAGUAUUGCGACGCUCAGGGCGGGGCAGAGCGAGGCUGAUCAUGAUAUGAGCGUGGGUGCGGGUGUGGAUGCUGUAGAUGCGCUUGCGGAUGCGGAUGUGCUCGAGGCGGAGUUUGUGGAUGGCAAGGUGAAGAGCAAGGCGAAGGCUAAAGGCAAAGGCAAAGGCAAAGGCUCGGAUUCAUGGAGACGCUAUGCGGAGUAUUUGGUUAAUGGGAAUUUGGUGGUGUCGUUGACGGGAGAGGAGCUGGAGAGGGCGUUGUAUGGUCAUGUCAAGGCGGUCGAGGCGCAGGAUCUCGCGGUGAGGUGGGAGCUGCAGCAACAGCAGCAGCAGCAGCAGGCAUAG